AUAGCGCCCAGAUUUGACCUACCUACGAGGAGGGAAAAAGUUUGUCAUAGAUUUAUUAUGAUAAAAUAGGCUUAGCUUAGAAUAUGAAUCAUCGCAUGGUGUGUUAGUGUGCAAUCAAUUUGUGGUAGAUUAAUUACAAUUCCACUUCCUAAUAUUACGUUAAGCCAAUUUUACCCGUAAUUAUGAACGAGGCAUUUACCACUUUACUUUCUUAGAAAUUAUUUUAGUAGGCAUGGCAGAGAAAAAGAAACAACGACAUGAUAUUUUGGAGCUUGACGUCGGAGCUUGACGCUUGGACGGAGAAAUGGAAAAGAGAGUUUCCAUAUAUUAUACACGAUAAGAAAAUAAGAACCGCAAUCUGCACGUAUGUUACUUACAUUUCUGAGUUCAUUAUAAGAAAAUUAGACAAUAUGGACCUUUGAUCGAAGAAUUCACAAACAAGGAGGCAGUAGUGAUGAUAUGGCAGAAUCUUCGUCAUGAUCUGCAUAUUCUCCAAAUACCGGCUAUGGAGAACGUAUGCAAGUACUUAGCGGCAGCGCCCGAGUACCCAUGCUUUCAAGUGCUGGGCAAAGUCCUACAAGUUUUCGCAGCCGGUACCUCGGGGGCCGAACGAGGGUUUUCUUCAAUAAACAUAAUUAAGACGAAACACAGGAAUAGGCUUAGCAGCAGACACCUAACAAUGCUUCUGAGAUGUGGCGGGGAGACAUCCAUAAGAGCAGACAAAGCGGAAUCAUUCUUCAUGGAUGUCUUGCAACAUUGGAAAGAGUCCAAGCUACGUCGCCACGAACGGGCUGCAGAAGUCACGCCAUCCAUUUUUAUUUGUUCGCUUUUGUAUUUUUAUUUGUGAAUAAAACAAAUGUGUCAACUGUG